GUAUAAAUAAACUAAAUCAAUAGCCCAAAAGAUAUAAGCCCAUAUUAAAUAAAAUUAAUAACAAUAAAAAUAAAGAAUCCUACUUUUGGAUCAGAACGCAACGCCGCGCCGCUAUUCUUCUUCACGAAAAAUUUCUCCCUCAAGCUGCUGCUUCUUCUUCUUCAUUUCUCGUCGGCGCUUUUGAUCGUUAAACACACUACGUCAUGUCCGCCGCCGCCAGAACAGUCUUCCGUUCCGCCUCUACAUCCGCUCGCAGUGCCACGGCGAGACUAUCCGCCUCCAUUUUCAGGUCUCCUGUAGAGACGAGCAGUUUUAGCGAUGCUUCGAUUUCGCCGCACCGCGGUCAAUUCGGGAAUGUAGAUGGAAGAAACUUCUCAACGAAGACGAGGAGAUUUCGAUUUCAGCGGAGAAUCGAUCUGAAACGAAGCACUUCGGCCACUGGAAUCGUGGAAAGGAUAGAGUACGAUCCUAAUCGAACUUCUCGGAUUGCUCUAGUACGAUGGGAAGGCGGAGAACUCCAGAGAAAAUCCAACGCGGCGGAGGAUUUCACGCUGCCAGCGAAGAGUCUCGAACCCACUGCCGCCCCCGCCAGCGGCGCGUUCGCCUUCUCCUCCCUGCCGGGGUUGGUGGAUGACAGAAGCGCAGAUUACUCCUCUAUUGGAGGAAAGAAACAAACUACGAAGUCUAAAUAUGUAACGGUUGGAGUGCCUUCUUCGUCGAAGAGCCGCUUUACUAGUGAAGGUUCAGGGAGCAAAAUAACUAGUGCGAAGGAUGUUUUCGUCUCUGCUUUCUCCACAAAGGCCAAGGGAGAGAAUGCAGGUAGCUCUGAUGGUUUCCCAAGGAUAGCGGUAGCUGGGUCGAGGCCGGCUUUCUUCGUCUUAGGAGAGAAAGAGGAAGUAGGAGGGAAGGACACGUUCUCUCUUGGAGAGGUGCAGAAGUGGAAGAAGGAUAGCAGUCGAUGGAUGCAUAGGAUCAAGCGUAAAGGGGCAGUUUCUUGGUCUAGUAUGAUGAGGCAAGAGAAAUUAGGGCUUAAGGGGUUGAAGCCGAGGAAUGGCGGCAAGGCGGCGAAGAAUGGGAAGCUCGGUGAUGAUCGUGUUCCUGUCACUUACAUCAUAGCCAGUCAUCAAUUGGCAGAGGGCAACUUGGUGAUGAAUUGGUCCGGAGCUGCGACUAGCAGCUCAUCUCAAUAUGCCCAGUAUGGUAAUAGAUACUAACUUUGAUUGCAGAUUGAGAGCUGAGUAGAAGAAUAACAAAUCCAAAUUCUAUUUGUGCUUUAACCUUAGUGUUCUGGUUGAACCUAUCUUUAUAUGCUAGUUAUAUACAAUGUUUUAGCAGUUCCUUAUUACCUUUGUGUUACCAUUUCUUGAAUGCCUUUUAAUGGCGUUGGAUGGUUUGGCAUUCUGAUCAAUCGAUACUGCUAAGGGAAAUGUGAAAUGAUUUGCGGUGUUUCCUGUUGGAUCUUUUCAGGAUGAUAAUUCUUGAAUCAUCCAUACAA